UUUGUCCCACUGUUCUGUUGCGUGGUGGAAAUCGACACUCUCGCUGGGCCGCAUUCAAGGCUCGAGGCUCUUGACGACAAGAUGCGACGCGAGUAUUUCCCUCGUGGCGUUCAGCUGGGGUGGCUCAUUGAUUCCAUGAACAAAAUCAUGUACGAGUACGAGCGUGAUGCCCAAGGAAAUGAUGGACUCGUUCGACGCGUUGACGAUAAAACUUGGAGAGACCUCGACGGGGGCACCGUUUUACCAGGAUUCCAACUACAAGCAGCAUUUCUGGAUAUGGGGUUGAGCUCCCAGGUGUCUGGCUCGUCAUCGGAAGAGGAGGAAGAAGAGUGCCCCUAUUCAAGUUGCAGGGAUCGCUUCAGAAUAUCUGGCGCAAUCGCUGCUCAUAUUGCGAGGCACCCACACGAGAAAGGCCUAGUGAAAUAUCUGGCACAG